ACAAACUCGAGAAGGCGGUAACAUGUCACCUAGCAACAUAUUUUUGUUUAAAAAUCUAGUAAUUUCUGAUUAUUUAUUCCCAAGAAAUAUUUGACAAAUAUUAAUUAGCACAAGAUGUCUUUAAACAUGGAGGAAGUGUGUAAGAAUCUCCAGUCGGGUGAACGCCGAACCAAGCUUUCAGCUUUGAAUCUCCUACAAGAUCAUUGUGAAAAGGAAUCUUAUGCACAAUUGCAUGGUAUAUUCGAUGAGAUCUACUUACAUUUGCUAAAAUGUUAUUCCGAUCGUUUCGAAAGUGUGCGCGAAAAAGCAGUGCAAACGGCAACCGAAUUUGUAAACAAAUUGCCUCCAAAUGACUUUCAUUUAAUGAAUAUCGUCUCAACCUUGGUGGAGCGUAUGGGACAACAGGAAACCUUAGAGUCAAGUGAGGAAAUUCGUUUGCUAUAUAUACAACAAUUGUUGACACUAAUACAAAAGUAUACGGUCACGGGAAAUAAGCGAUCACUCCAAGAAUGUUAUAAUGAAAUUGUUUCCGUUUUGACGAAAGCCUUGCGGGACGCUUACCCUGCGGUACAAAGAGAAUCGUGUGCAUGUGUGGUAGCGUUGAUGAACGCUGCCGACACAAUAGCAAUACAACCAUUUAUUGAAAAAUUGACCAAACCACUUUAUGGCAUGCUAAAUCAUAAACAUUCGUUAGCCCGUAUAUCAGCUGUAGAAGCUAUUGGUCGUUUGGCGUUACAUGUAGAUCCGAAGAAUGACACUUUAUCUCAAUUGAUUAUGGAAGUGUCGCCGUUGUUGAUGGAUUCAAUGCCACUGGUUCGUCGCGAAUGUGGUCAACUAGGCAUAUUGCUAGCUUUGGAAUUAAGAGACCGGUACUCAUUUUUCGAUCGCAUUACACCAUUUAUAUUAUGUUGUUUAAAAGAUGAUUCACCUGAAGUGGUAGAUUUUAUACGUCCACAAUGGAUUAAAUGUGGCAAGCAAUAUUUUGAUGAAAAUGAGGAGGAACUAAGCAAACAAGAAAUAGGCGAUUUACCUGUGAAAAACUAUCCACCCGACACUGAACGCCCAACAAUUGGUUGUCGAGCAAUAGUGCAACGUUCACUACGCUUAUUAAGUUUAAUCACGCGCGAAUCGAACGACUGGAAAGUGAAUGUGCGCCUUCAUUCUCUUAAGUUGCUCUAUCAGUUCGUACUACAUGCGGAGGCAACAAUGACUGCAAAAUUUUUCGAAAUUUAUGGUGAUGUUGCACGUGCCUGCCGCGAUCCUGAGGCUAUUGUGUCUAGUGAGGCAAUGAAAGUUGCCGAUUUAAUGGGUCGAUUAUUUUCUUAUGACGAUUGGAUCGAACAUGGAUUCGAUGGGUUGGUAAAAAAUACUAAAGAGGGAUACUUGAAAUGUUUUUAUCACAUGUUUGCUGCCAGCCUAGGCAGCAAGAUCGAUGAUAUUAUUCGUGUUUCUGAAAUGUUGAUUAAUAGUGAGUUUUCACAGACGCUCAAACCAGAAGUUCAAUUGUAUGUACUGAAAUUGGUUGAAACUAUAUUAUCGAAAUCAGAUGAAGUGGGAGAGCAGUUCGAAAAUAAUAAGAAUGAAAAACUCGUUUUAAACUCAUAUGUAGCGACUAUUAAAGUUAUGGCUCUGUCAUUUGACUCCGAGCAAACGAAUGUUGUAGAACUGCAAGAUUUAGGCCAACAUAUACUGACUAAACUAGCAGAACGCCAAAAAAUCACUGUGGCCGCUCUACACGAAAACUAUUUUAUUAGCGCAUUGAAUUAUGUGGAGAAUCUGGAUGCGUCACUGGAUGAUUUGACCGAGCCUAUUAUACUGUUAAACGGUUUGAUCAAUAUAGCUAAAUUGCGGGCAACAUAUCUGCAAAAUUUGCAAGAAAAAAUAAUUUUAGUCUGGGAGAAUUGUGAUGAUUCUGCUAAAGUGAAGAUUUUCACUAGCAUAUCUGUUGUUAUGCUACAUUGGACUGAAACUAUUAAUCGACAACUGUGUGAAAGUACAGAACUCUUAACGAAUUUCGUAACAUCGGUAAUAGAACGACAUUUGCUUUGGCAUGCCGGGGCAAAUGCAGAAGCAAUGCGCUCGAUGGCAAUGGCUACAUUAUGCGCUAUGUCGCAAGGUGCUGUUGAAGAAUCUCGUGUUGUGUUGCCAGCAUGCGUUGGUAAGUAUCUUCCUAGUUUACUAGAAGAUCGUUCGGUCGCAACGCGUCACUACUCAGUAAAGUGCCUCUUCAACUUUGGUGAAGUUGAUGUGGAACAAUUGAAACCAAUUGCUUACGCUACCUUGCAGCGAUUGGAUGAUCCAUCUGCUGGUAUACGUGAAUUAGCUGCGAUGGUCAUACCAAAAUUAAGCCCAAAAUUUAAUAAAAGUAAAGACGAGAAGGAAGUUUUUGAACACGAAAUUUGGGAAACAUUCAUUAGAAAAGCGUUAGAUAUGAUGUUUUUGCACUACGAAGGACCAGAAGUCCGCUUACAAACGUCCAUAAAGGCGUCUAUCAAUUUGCUUGCCGAAAAAUAUCCUGAAAUAUGCAAAGACAGUUAUAAGCGUACUGUGGCCAUGUCGUAUAAUAGCUUAAGCCUGCGGGAAUUGCAAUCGGAGCUACCACUUCUAAUAUAAUUCUUUUGAAAUAAUUGUAUUAUUUUUUAAAUACAUACAUAUUAAAUUUAUUUACAACAUA